CACAUGACUGGUAAACCCAACAAAGUAGUAGAACAUUACUUUUUAUGAAUCUAAAAAGAAGUUUCAUCUGAACAGCUGUAGUAAUAAACUUCCUGUAACCACUAGUAGUGCUGGUUUUCCAGGUUUCAUUUUCAAGGAAACAGUAACCUAAGGGGAGUUAACCCUGCUCAUAAACAAACACAGAGACCAGAAACCUAUCGGCAGCCGACAAAUGCAGGAGGAUGAAGAUGUCAAGAAGAGUUGUGAGUUGCUGUGUAGCACUGUUUCUUGCCCUCACCUCUGUGUCAGCUGUGCAAAGGCUCAAUUCAAUCAAUGAUUUGAAGAAAAUCAACUUUGGUCAGUCUGUACCCACACACAGUCUUGUGCUGCUCCACUGGUUUGCCAACACAGUUGAUAUUGACAAUAAUGAUGUCGUACGACUGACCUUUGAUCCAAAUGGAGAUUAUGGCUCACAUCAUUACGGGAACUUUGAGGGGCUGUUGGACCCACUGCCUCAUGGAAAUGUCAGAUACCGGUAUUACACUGUUGGUAAUGUCCACCAGGACACAUCUGUAACACUUCCAACGUAUGUUAUCCAUCCUCCGACAGAAUAUGCGAGAAGAAACUUAGACCGGAUAAUAUUCAGAGUAAGGGAGCACAACACAGGAAGGCAAGCUUGGCAGAGAGUUGAUCAAGUAUAUAUCACACAGCAUUAUGGAGACUCAAAUGCAGGGACAAGUUAUGAUCCAGAUUAUACCUACCGCAUCACUACUAACCUUUUAAGACAGAUCAGACUGUUUUCUGGGGAAGAAAACGACAGGAACUCACUAUCAGAGCUCAGAGAUCACUUUGGAAGUAACAUUGAUUAUUUCCAGUUAAGGAACCUCACAAACACAUGGGGUAACCUUGCUUGCCUUGGACUGCUGUUGUUUAUUGUGAUCCAGGAAAAGAACUUGUGUAAACAACAAAACAACAGAUCCCAGCGUGCGGCAAAAAGAGAAGCACCCAAUGUUGUCAUCAGUUUUCCAGAUAACAGACUAAACCACAGUGCUCAUGUUUCAGUGUCCUUUGGAGAGCUCUUGCCUCAGGAUAACGCAACACUUGAGGUGGCAACCCGCACAAACGGAAAAGCCAGGAUUCUUUGGAGCAAUGUUAAUAGAGAUCGUCUAACAGAAGGUGUGAUGGUGGUGCUUUUUAAGGACAAUAAGGGCCAGGAAGCCAUCGAUUACAAAUCGAUUGAUGGCAGAGAAGGCAGUUACAACACCUCAAUACCCCUGAAUGAUGGCCUGCAGGUCCGACUUCAUAAGGUGAAAAAACAGUGCUGCUUUUGGACGGGCGUUGGAGAGGAGAUUUGCAGAGGUCCAGAGUUUAAAAAUCCAAAAGCAGUGAAUAUAACAGGCUACCAGGCAAGACUACAAGUCUUCGUAAAGGAUGGUAAAGCUUGUGCUCGCUUAUAUGUUGACAAGUCUUUCAAAGAGUGGAGGUCAGAAUUUAACAAGUCUUGGGUUGGAUUCUACACCUCCGCAGAUAAAGGCACACAUGAAUAUGAAUGGUGGCAGUGGCAGUGGGCAACUAAAUUCACACCAUCCACUGAUUUUAGGAUAUCCUCUUAUGAUGUCUAUGAGUAUCGCUCGAGUAUGGCAAUAGCCCCAGGAGUCCAAGCACGAUUCAUACUCAGUGAUGAAGUAGUUAAAGCAUGCACUCCCAGCUGGACAUGAUGAGGACUAUUAGUGAGAAAAUGAGGCCGACAACAAAAUGUUUUUAAAGACAUCUGCUUCAUAACAAAACUGAAAUAAUUCUUUGACCAAGGCUAUGUAGACAUGAUUUGUAUUUCCCUCAAAGAUGCUGUUUCCAUUGUAUGUGUUGUUUUGCCUCCUCAUGUUUAAUUGUAUUUUCUACUAUAUCAGCUACUUAUUUUGUGAAUACUGUUAAGUAAAGAUUGAUAUAUAGGUCUGGCGAAAUAGGCUUGUGAUGAAAGACCAAAUACCAUAAUUCACCCAUCUCAAACCAUGUGCUAUGACAGACUGAGUCUUCAAGAUUUCAGACCAACUCAAUCAGUCAUUCAACUUCAUAUUACUUUAUAGGACCAGAGUGAAAUCUCUGAUGUGAUCAGCACAUGAGGUAAUAAAGCCUGCAGACUCUGACCUCCAUGGCAUAUGUUGAGACACCUGCUGUAAAUAAGCCUGUUUCAACAUCUGAAUGAAUUAUAACCUGCCUGCAAAUUUACAAAGACAUCACAUGACAUCAAAAACCUAAUGAUAGUUUGAACAUUUAUGUGAUAUGAAGAAUGUAUUUCCUGAUGUGUGUUUCACCAAAAAUACAGCUGGAUAUAUUGAGCAUUACUGUAUGUUUACAGUACAAAACUGCAGCUUGUUAACAAUAUAAAUCCUUUGUACAGAAAUAGCUGAACUGAAAAAAAAUGUCUCUUACAGUAUAUCAUGCACUGCUCUGCCAUGGUCAUAAAGUCCCAGGCUUCAUUCGUGAAAUGAUGUCGUGCUUGAACAUGUCUAACUUCAUAGUAAUGACUCACUGCUGACCAUUCUAUGUUUGGCAGAGAUUUUUAUGAUAUAAAUUAGGAAUGAAAUUAAUUUGAUAUAAAAGGAUUGUAGCAAUUCUUUUUUAAACAGGGUGGUACUUUUUUUAUAGUUUUGUAUUUUUUCUGGUGUGUUGACAUCUGUCUAUUAAACUAUAUAUUAUUAGUCAAACUCAUGUUAAUGUUUUAAUUCUAUAAACAAGGAAACUAGAUGUACACAAGUUAGAUGUGGAAAAACAUGAAGACAGGGGAGUGUCUUUUAACAGAAUGCACUGUAUUCUUCAUCCAAAACACACACACACACACACCCACACACAGAUAAAUGAUUUAUCAGUGAGACCAUUUCUAUCCCUUGUGACAUGCACACGUCCUUGUUUCUAGCCAAGACCCAGAGAGGCCUAUCAAAAGGCCUUUAUACUUGUGUUAAAGAGAUGAAUACUGUUUAAUUGUGGUGAAACCAGGAUAGUGCUCAGCAGGCCUGCACAAGACCCAACACAUCAUGAGAAAAUGAAUCAUCAUUAAAAACUGUUGCAGACUUAGCUUUAAGAAAUUCAGUCCAGAGCCAAGUAUUAAUGAUAAACAGGCACUGCUGUUUGAUUGGUCUGUAAAAAAGUUUAAAAGCGGAGACAUCCGAUCAUCUAUUUAUAAAAUGUUCCUAAAAAGUUAAGUAUAUAUGUUUUGUUGAUUACAGGUCAAUGUGUAGAAUAAUUUUUUUGGGUUGAUGAAUUCACUCAUUAAUUAUUGACAUUUGUGUGCAAAAACAUUUCUGUUUUGCCCAGUUUACUCUAUAUGCAGUGAGUCGUGCACUGAAACAAAGCACAAAAUCUGUUUAUAUAGCUUAUAGCUGCUCCAAUUCCAACUGUACUUCAACAACGGUAACUGGGUUAAGUUGCUUACAUGGCAAUUACAAUGAAAGUUGCAAAUAAAAAUGAUUUUCUCUGGCUUAAAUCAAUUCAUCUAGGAUUUGAAAAAAAU